CCUUGGGUCUGUCUUUUGGACGCUAGCUCGCUCGCUGAGUUGGCGGCGAGUGGCAGCCCCGGCAGCCUGGGCAGGGGUAGGCCAUGAAGCUGACCCGGAAAAUGGUGCUGUCUCGGGCCAAGGCCUCGGAGCUGGAGAGCGUGAGGAAGCUAAACUGCUGGGGCAGCCGCCUGACUGACAUCUCCAUCUGUCGGAGCCUGCCCAGCAUCGAAGUGAUCACCCUGAGCGUCAACAGCGUGUCCAGCCUGGAGCCGGUGAGCCACUGCCUGCAGCUGAGCGAGCUCUACCUGCGCCGCAACCACAUCGGCAGCCUGGACGAGCUCUUCUACCUGAAGGAGCUGCCCCGCCUGCGCGUGCUGUGGCUGGCCGAGAACCCCUGCUGCGGCCCCGACCCGCGGCAUUACCGCAUGACCGUGCUCCGCAACCUGCCCGGCCUGCAGAAGCUGGACAACCAGACCGUUACCGAAGAAGAGCUGUCUCAGGCCCUGAUCGAGGGCGAGGAGAUCACGACUGCCCCGGUCAGCCAGGACGCCCAGAACGGCCAUCCCGAGCUCUCCUGCGAGCUGAGCGCCGUCGACUCCUCCGCAGACCCCGAGAACGACCUGCUCGUAGACAGCAUGGAGGAGACCAACAAAAUCCGGGAGCAGCUGGGCAUGAAGCCCCUUGCCAGGGACCGCUUCCCCGCCUUCUCCCCACGAGCGUCAGUCAGUAGCCGAAAGAAGAGGGUGAGUGGGCCUGGGAGCACCCCCCCGUGUACCCAGUGUGAGGACGGGCCCAUGGGAGCCCCCGGGCUCCCCACUAAUCCGGAGGCCGGACUUCUGGCAGCCCCCCCUGAAAACAAUAUCCUCAAUGCCGUCAUCCUGCUUCUAAAGGAGCUGGACAUGGAGGGACUAGAAACUGUCCACCAGACUGUGGGCCACCGACUCCAGGCCCUUCGGAAACUGGAGCCACCGCAGGAGGAGCGCUAGGGCCCCGGCCGGCCGCCGCGUCCACCCGGAGCUCGUCCCGGGCUCAUCCCCCCCACCCUAACCCCAACCCUAACCGUGCCGGGAGGGGCCAGGGCGACACCUUCCCCCUCAGACAGACCUUCCUGUGCUCAGAAGCCUUUGGCCCGUUCGGACUGCCGCGCGGCUCCUCACCGCUCGGGGGGCUGUCACCCGCGUGCUGACCGACCGACCCAGGACCCGAGGGGCUGAGACAGGAGGCUCUGAGGCCGUCGGGGCUGAUGCCAACGCUCUUCCAAAGGCCUGUUUCCAGAGCCCGCUCUCGUACGGGACUAUUCAGGACCCGCAUCGACGUGGCGGCAGGCUUGGGGGAAAGCCGUCGCUUUAAAUCUGAGCCUUCCCGCGGCUGACGAGGGAUUCACCCAGCCACGGAGCCUCCGAGGUCAUUUCCCCUCACCCAGCAUUUCUCCACAAUCCAGUCUUCAGGCAGACACUUCCCCAGAGGCAGGAAUUGUUUCGAAAGUGUCCUUCCAUUCAGCAUGGCUGUGCCCGUCCAGGGGCUCUGAGACCCAAGCCCCCUGGGCUGGAGAGACCUGCAGGCAGGUCCCCUCCUUGGAGCCAGGUUUCCAGGGAACAGCCUGCUUCCCAGGUUCGGCUGAGCCCCCAUUCCAGUGGCCUCCUUCCUCUUCAGUCAUCUGCACCCAGGCAUCCAACCGGGCCAACGUGGAGAGCAACAGCAAACCCAGAAACACCUCCAGAGGCCCCGAGAACCCCAGUCCUGGAGCCCCCAGUGCCCACACACCAGGAGGAAGGAAGAGGGGCCUGGAUGGUCAGUGCUGCAGUUCUCAAAGGAACAGGGUCUGGCUUGGAGCAAAGUCUGUCCUCCAGGCAAAAGACCCCCAGGAGAGGCUGACCCAGGUUUGCCAUCUGAUCCAUUGGGCCCUUGGAUUGGAUCGAAUGGGGAUUCCUUGGGACCGACCCUCCUACGGAGGACACUCUCCCCGAAUUUGAUGGGAAUGGCCAAGGAAGAGCCAGGAGAGCCCCUGGUGGAAUGUGGCUGUCUGUUGGAGUGGACGGCCCUGAGACGGUCUGGGGAAGGGUCACCUUGGUGGAGGCGGGGGCCAGUGGGACUUUUCUGGGAGGACUCACUGCCUGUCCUUUGCUUAGGCUUCCUCCCAUAAUCAUCUGAAUCUUAGUCAAAUAAACCAUUUUUCAAAACAGCA